CACGUACGCCGGCCGGCACGUCUAUCGUUCGUUAUUGUGAGUUGUGCUCGCUGCGGGAGAUCACUUCAUUUCAGUAGACGCGUUCGGCUAUUUUAUCAUAGAAAACCAUCGCGUUCGGCUAUUUUUUCACGGAGAAUCAUCGCAUUCUCUUUAAAUUAAACCGAAUUUUUAACAUUUAGAGUCAGUGUGUUGGCGCAGAAAAUUCUGAAAUUGCCUCUCGGCGCUUCCAAUAAUCAUAAAUUGUUUCAGUUCGAAUCCGGACCAGUGGCAAUGAAGCUGCUCGGACCCCCGGAGAUCGCCGAAGCAAUCGCGAACCACACCCCCAGCCAUGACGAACCCCUCGACGACCCCCUCGCAUUAUUCGCACGCGACCACGCACUGCCGGAGGCACAAGCCACCACCCCACAAAAGAUCCUAACAGAAAACGAAUCCCCAACAUAUGCCAACACCGGCGACCCUUGCGUGGACUUCUUCUUCCACGUCGUGCCCAAAACCCCAGUCGAGGAAGUCCUAUCCCUCCUGGCUACAUCCUGGAGAAGCGAACCCCUCACAACCCUCAAGCUCAUCUGCAACCUGCGCGACAUCCGCGGCAAGGGCAAAUCCGACAAGACCAACUUCCACAUCGCUUUGCUCUGGCUGUACAAGCACCACCCGGAAACGCUACUCCGGAACCUGCCCAAAGCCGCCGCGCACUUCGGCUGCAUCAAAGACAUGCCGGAGCUCCUCCGACGUGUCGUCUCCGGCGACGUGACGUUCCCAACCCCACGCAAGACGUCCCAGAAGUCGCGCGCCGAAAGACGACUCCAAGAGGCCGUCACCGCCGUCGUCACGUACGAGAAGGACGAACGUUACCGGAGAUUAUACGACGUCAUAGCCGAGUACUUCGCUAUCACACUUGCUGCGGACCUCAAGGCACUGGAGACGGAGCGGAAACGUCUUACUCUCGCAGCGAAGUGGUGUCCGUCCCCCGACGCUUCCUACGACCUGACAACAUGCUUGUGCGAAGGGAUAGCCAAAAGGAUGUUCCCGGCGGAGGCGCUGAGCAACGGAGACGAAAUCGAUGACGUUCAACACGCCUUCCGCGCACGAGACGCUCUUCGCAAACGCGUGCUUGUGCCAUUGCGUAGCGCUCUCCAAAUCCCGGAGAUCUACAUCAGCGCGAGACGCUGGAACGACCUGCCGUACGAGCGAGUCCCCUCGGUAGCUAUGAAGACCUACAAGGAGCUCUUCCUGAAGCGCGACGUGGAACGCUUCAAAGAGUUCCUUGAUAAGGUCAGCAAAGGAGAGAAGAAGAUCGCGGCCGGAGCCUUGCUCCCGCAUGAGAUCGUGGUCGCUGUGCGUAAGGCCAGUCUGAAUGACGAUGACGAGUCCACGAGAGUGUUGGAACUCCAGUGGGAGCGAAUCGUGGCCGACACGCGCAAGGCGGGGACACUCGGCAGAUCCCUGGCUGUGUGCGAUGUGUCCGGCAGUAUGUCUGGUACCCCGAUGGACGUCUGCAUAGCCUUGGGGAUACUCCUCGCCGAGUGCACGUCGCCCCCGUGGAGAGGAAAACUCUUGACGUUCCAUUCCAACCCCUCGUUCCACGUCGUCAAAGGUGACAACCUGAGGGAGAAGAUCCACUGCUUGGCGUGUAUGCCGUGGGGCAUGAACACCAACUUCCAGCGGGUGUUCGAUUGUAUCCUGAAUGUGGCCGCCAUGCUCAAUCUCGGACAAGAACAAAUGCCGGAGACGCUCUUCGUGUUCAGCGAUAUGGAGUUCGAUGCGGCUUCGGAGAACCCUUGGGAGACGGAUUACGAAGCCAUCGUGCGGAAGUUCGCGGAGCGUGGGUUCGAGAAAGUGCCGCAGAUAGUGUUCUGGAACUUGCGGUCGUCCAAGGCCACCCCGGUGCCCUCGAAGCAACCGGGGGUCGCUUUGGUGUCCGGGUUCUCCAAGAACCUGUUCAAACUCUUCGUCGGAGGACAAACCACCAAGGUAACGCCGCGCUCUGUCAUGGAGUCGGCGAUCGAGGGACCCGAGUAUGAAGAUCUCAUCGUGGUCGAUUAGAUAUCUCGUGCGCCGGCCAUGCUUUGAUCCCAAGUGGCACAGAUAGCAGACAUGCAAUCUUAAAAACCGAAGGGUGAAAUUCGGGGUGUGACUCACUCUGGAGUCUAUACAAAGCCCAAAGAACUCGAGCGAUUAGAAUGCGAAGUUAAAUUCGCUCCAUGAUACUGCCGUGCUUAGGAAGAACGCCGUAAGAACAUUCGAGAGUUGCCAAAUUUCCUUCAAUCAAAUGUUUAUUUGUAAGGAAAGGUAAAAAUGUUCUUCCCCCUAGUAAAAAUUGGCGGUAGAAUCUAUGUUCCAAAA